AUGGCUCUCCGCAUGAAUAAAAUUGUUCUUGUCAUUUCCCUUUCUUUCUUCCUAAUUUCAUCUGAAGCAAAUCCCAUCUCUCAUGUUUCCUAUAUCUCUUCAACCCCAGAUGUGUCACCAGUUGCUUCACCAGUAAUUCCAACAGAAACUGCCGAUGUUGAUGCCGGUAAUUCUAACGGAGCGUCUGUGAAGAAUCUUGUUGGUAGCCUGAUGGUUUCCUCCAUUUCUAAGACAGAAGAUUUUGUUAACAAAGUAGUGGAAAAGCGGUUGGCUCGGAUUGUGGACGCUUACAAAAAAGAUUGUCUUGAGACAUGCAAGGAGGUGUACGAAGAUGCUGUUGAUGCCAUGAAAGAGACGUUGGAAGACGUAAAUGAAGGAAACUAUUACAAAGCCAAUGUUGAUGUGAGUGCAAUGUCCUCAAACAUGGAGACAUGCAAGGAAUGUGUCAAUGCUAUAUAUGGUCAGGAUCCUGAGUUCACCAAGUUUGAUAAUUGGGCACAAGCCAUUAUUGAAGAUGCCUUAACUAGAAUCACUAGCGUCAGCAGUUAA